GCAACACCUGCCUAGACAGGUGAAGAAAUUCACUCCACUACAACACCAAACUGCUAGAAGAGUCCCGGUGAGAAUGACGGCCGAGUCUCCCACUCAGCUCAGUUACACUCUCAAUCUCCCAUGUCAACCUGGUCAGCCAGUCUCCGUUGUCGCUGCUCCAGGCCUCUCUGAUAGUCUGUUCAAGCAAGAACGUCCUCCUUCAAUAUUUCUUCUUAUCAUAUAAUCUUUGUUUAUUUAUUUUUACGUGUAAACUGUUGAUUUGUUGAUUAAAUAAAUUUUCCAUGCAAUCUUGCUCCCCACACUAGGGCUAAAUGACUAACUAUACAUGCUAUGAUUUCCGAUAUUUAGUUCAGACCAAAGUUGAUCUUAUUGUGCUUUCGGUGGGAUGUAUUGAAGCUGUGUGAUAUUUUUCAGAAAUGCAAUUGAAUCCUUUCUAUUCAAGCAAUGGCUGGAAAACCUAGAGACUGAAACCGGGUUGCUUGCUAAUGGAUCAAUGUCUUUGAGACAAGUUCUGAUUCAGAGUGUAGACAUGUUUGGCAAGCGUUUAGGGUUUCUCAAGUUCAAAGCUGAUAUUGUUGAUAAGGAGACAGGACAAAUGGUUCCUGGAAUUGUCUUUGCACGAGGACCAGCUGUUGCAGUGCUAAUCAUUUUGGAGUCUGAGGGUGAAAAAUUUGCUGUGCUCACUAAGCAAGUAAUUUUCCUGGUCAGGGUUCCAGUUGGGAGGCUAAUUUUGGAAUUGCCAGCGGGAAUGUUGGAUGAAGACCAUGGUGAUUUUGGGGGAACAGCAAUUCGAGAGGUUCAAGAAGAGACUGGACUACAGUUGAAUGUGCAAGACAUGAUUGACCUUACAGCCCUACUGGACCCUUCUACUGGCUGCAGACUUUUCCCUUCUCCCGGCGGUUGUGAUGAGGGGAUUAGUCUCUUUUUGUAUAGAGGAAACAUUAGCAAAGAUAAUCUGAGACAGCUCCAAGGGAAAAAAACAGGUCUCAGAGAUCAUGGUGAGCUAAUCAGGGUUCAUUUAGUUCCAUAUGAUAAACUAUGGCGUGCCACUGCUGAUGCAAAAACUCUAAGCGCUAUUGCUCUAUACGAGAUGGCCAUCCGGGAAGGUCUGCUUCCACCCUGAUGCCAACUUGAAUGGUUAUUUGCUUAUUAUGUUUUCCCUUUUUUUUGUCUGGGGACGUAUCUACCCGUCGUAAUACUGCUUGCACCAUUGAUUCCAUAGACACUUGAAGAAGCAUAUCAAAUGGUUUCUCAGUUGAAUAUAUCAAUAUUCUCCAAAAUAUUUGUGUGACCAUUAUAAUUCUAGAAUUGAGUCGUGAGAUAAACUAUCAAUCUUAUCGCAUAUCAUCA